AUGCCCCCAGCCCCACCAGUUGCGUUCGCGACCCUCGCCGCGCCGCUCCCUUCCAAUCCGCCUGUGCGGGGAAUCACGCCGUCCUCGAACCACCUCGUCCUCCGACAUGGGACCGAGUUCAUAACAAUUGCGGACAACCAGACGUUACAGGCUGUCGAGCGGCUCGAGCGACACACAGGCCAAGUCACGUCCGUCACCGCCGAGCGAGGCAGUAUCUGGAGUGCAGGGCUAGAUGCGCUGGUAGUGCAAUGGGACGAGCGGAGUCGGCGCCCAGCCGCCGAGAUCAAGGCGUUCAUCAAGCAUCCCCUCCCUAUCACCGCACUGGCAACGCACGACCUCGACAACCUCGUGAUCGCGGGUACUGGAAGUGAUUCCCUCAUCAUCUUCUGGGACACGCGUAACACGUCCGAGCCGGCUUAUACUCAGGCCACGCACGGGGACGACGUCACACACCUCUCCCUCCUUCCACCCACCGCCAAGUGGACAGCCAAGCCCGAGCCACUCCCCUCUCAACUUCUGUUGAGCGGGAGUAAGGACGGCACGGUCGCGCUCUCUGACCUCCGCCUACCGGGCGGGGAGGAGGGUGACGCCGCGCUCGUGGCCGCGGCGGAAUGGGGUGCUGUCGAGGCGGCGGGAGCGUAUGAAUGGAAAGGAGGUAUGCGAGUGUGGGCUCGUGGGGACGGGGUUGCAGGUUGGAACAUUGUCGAGGGUGAGGAGGGUGGGUUGGAGUUUGUUGACCAAACCGAGGUCAAGUUCGAGAAGAAGAGUCUCAAGACACCCGACAACGGCCCAUCAAUCGCCCACCCCGCCGAACAGGAACGUCCCUACCCCGCCGCCAUUCGGAUCAACUACCUCUCCGCUGCCCUCCCCUCUAUGGGAGUCAGCAGGGGCGGCGUGCCGAUUCUGGGCGCUGGGACGGACGAUGGCGACAUUGUGCUCCUGCACAGUGGGUCGACUCCCACCGCGUUCCUCAUGUCCGGUCCCGAGGGACGUGGACACAAGGGUCCGGUGCGUGCGAUGCACUACGCCACCUUCGAUGAGGCGCUGUAUACUGGCAGCGAGGAUGGUGUUCUCGCGGGAUGGAACCUCGCUUCGAUCCCGCGGCUCGUUGUGGGCGAUCCUGAGGUUGAUGAUGACGGGGGAGAUGGGCGCGAGGAUAUCGAUUCGGAAGACGAGAGCGAGAUCGAGUCGACCACUACUGAGGAGAGCGAUCGGAGUGACCGGAGUGACGACGAGAGCGAGGACGAGGAGGACAUGUGGGGUCGGCGACCGGUGUAUGGCCGCGAGAGGUAG